AUGACAACUCGAGUUCCUGCAACCCUCUCCUUCCUUUUCCUCUGGACCCUGCCAGGGCAGGUCCUCCUCAGGGUGGCCUUGGCAAAAGAGGAAAUAGAAUCUGGGACCAAGGGGUCCCAGACCAUGUCGCCCUCUGAUUUCCUUGACAAGCUUAUGGGGCAGACAUCUGGAUAUGAUGCCAGGAUUCGGCCCAAUUUUAAAGGCCCACCCGUGAAUGUGACCUGCAACAUCUUCAUCAAUAGUUUUGGCUCUGUCACUGAGACUACCAUGGACUAUCGGGUGAAUGUCUUCUUGCGGCAGCAAUGGCACGACCCACGACUGGCCUACCAAGAAUAUCCUGAUGACUCGCUGGACCUUGACCCUUCCAUGCUGGAUUCUAUCUGGAAACCAGACCUGUUCUUUGCCAAUGAGAAAGGGGCCAACUUCCAUGAGGUGACCACAGACAACAAGUUACUGCGCAUCUUCAAGAAUGGGAAUGUGCUCUACAGCAUCAGGCUGACUCUCAUUUUGUCCUGUCCAAUGGACCUCAAGAACUUCCCUAUGGACAUCCAGACCUGCAUAAUGCAACUGGAGAGCUAUAAGUUUGGCUAUACCAUGAAUGACCUCGUGUUUGAGUGGCUGGAAGAUGCUCCUGCUGUCCAAGUGGCUGAGGGGCUGACUCUGCCCCAGUUUAUCUUGCGAGAUGAAAAGGAUCUAAGCUAUUGUACCAAACACUACAACACAGGGAAAUUCACCUGCAUUGAGGUAAAGUUUCACCUGGAACGGCAGAUGGGCUACUAUCUGAUUCAGAUGUACAUCCCCAGCCUACUCAUCGUCAUCCUGUCCUGGGUUUCCUUCUGGAUCAACAUGGAUGCUGCACCUGCCCGUGUGGGCCUAGGAAUCACGACCGUGCUCACCAUGACCACUCAGAGCUCUGGCUCCCGAGCCUCUUUGCCAAAGGUGUCCUAUGUGAAGGCAAUCGACAUCUGGAUGGCUGUGUGUCUGCUCUUCGUGUUCGCUGCCCUGCUGGAGUACGCUGCUGUGAAUUUUGUCUCCUGUCAGCAUAAAGAAUUUAUAAGACUUCGAAGAAGGCAGAGGCGCCAGCACAUGGAGGAAGACAUCAUCCAAGAAAGUCGCUUCUAUUUCCAUGGCUAUGGCCUGGGCCACUUCCUGCAGGCAAGGGAUGAAGGUCCAAUAGAAGGUUCUAGCAUUUAUAGCUCCCAGCCUCCAGCCCCUCUUCUAAGGGAGAGAGAAACCAUGCGGAAACUCUACGUGGACCGAGCCAAGAGGAUUGACACCAUCUCUCGGGCUGUCUUCCCUUUCACUUUCCUCAUCUUCAACAUCUUCUACUGGGUUGUCUAUAAAGUACUACGGUCAGAAGAUAUCCACCAGGCACUGUGA